CCCAGGAGAGCAGAAGGCAGAUAUGGACCAGGGUGGAAGGACAGUUCUGGAGCUGAUUUCAGAAAUAUAACCUUCAACACCACCAUGCAAGGACUUCACAAGGACCACACUGACAGUCCCAAGGGAAACAGAAUAGAGACGGGGAGAGGGCAGGAUCCACCAGCUCUCACUCAGCACAUUUCACCUGGAAGCCCCAGGAGUCCAGAAGAGGAGCUGCCACUUCGGACACCGUCUCCUUUGCAGAGGAUCUAUUAGUCUUUCUGCUGGAUUGUAACUCAGAGGACAGCUGAUCAGCUUGCGGCAUGUGUACUUCACCUGCGGGGAAGCCAGGCACCGGGCAGCAGCCCGUGGCGCGGUGAUAACCCUGCUCUGAUGCCAUUUCGGAUGUCCCGGUGAGAACUCUUAGAGAUGCCUAUUCUCUCCAGAGGCAGUGACCAAGACUAUAGUAACAUUAGCUACACUUCCUGUAAUUCCUUGAGCCGCUUCUUUCCUGUCUCCGUUGAAACCCCUUCUGUCAAAGGGGUCCAUUACCAAAGAGCCAGGAGGAUUUACCAUCCUGAUCAAGUCUCUGCAGUCGAUCUAAAGACAGAGAUCAUGAUAAAUGUUGGAGGCAUCAAGUACCUGCUACCUUGGAGUACUUUAGAUGAAUUUCCUCUGACCAGACUGAGCAAACUUAAGUUUUGCAGCAGCUAUGAAGAAAUAAUACAGCUGUGUGACGAUUACGAUGAAGACACCCAUGAGUUCUUCUUUGACAGGAACCCCAAUGCUUUUGGGAUGAUUGUCAGCUUUCUAGCAGCAGGGAAGCUGAUGCUCUUAAGCGACAUGUGUGCCUUGUCUUUUCAGGAGGAGCUGAGAUACUGGGGGAUUGAGGAAUCCAACCUGGAGAACUGCUGCUUUCGAAAACUAUUUCAAAAACUGCAGGAGCUGGCUGAGGUACGCAAAGAAGAGGAGCUUCAGAGGAGCAAAGAAGCUACGUGUGUCUUGGAUGAGAAAACCAAAUUCGGACAGUUUAUGAACAGACUCAGAGAUAUGGUAGAAAAUCCCCAGUCAGGACUCCCAGGGAAAGUCUUUGCUUGUCUCUCCAUUCUCUUUGUGGCCACCACAGCUAUAAGCCUUUGUGUUAGCACAAUGCCAGACUUAAGAGCUGAAGAAGACAGGGGCGAGUGUUCCCAGAAGUGCUAUUACAUCUUCGUCAUAGAGACCAUCUGUGUGGCGUGGUUUUCCCUGGAGUUCUGCCUCCGAUUCAUCCAGGCAAGGAGCAAGUGUCAGUUCUUCAAAGGACCCCUAAAUAUAAUUGACUUCUUGGCUAUUUCACCCUAUUAUGUUUCCCUCAUCUUGUCAGAGGAUGACUCAAAUGAGGAGGACGACAGGCCAAGCAGUAACACAUAUUUGGAGAAGGUUGGUUUGGUGCUACGGGUUUUACGUGCCUUGAGGAUCUUGUAUGUAAUGCGCCUUGCCCGACACUCCUUGGGCUUGCAGACUUUGGGCCUCACAGUUCGGAGAUGCACACGGGAAUUUGGCCUGCUUUUACUCUUCUUAUGCGUGGCUGUCACUCUGUUUUCUCCUUUGGUCUAUCUUGCCGAGAACGAAUCUGGGAAGGUGCUUGAAUUUACAAGCAUACCCGCUUCUUACUGGUGGGCUAUCAUUUCAAUGACCACUGUGGGGUAUGGAGAUAUGGUACCACGAAGCGUCCCAGGCCAGAUGGUGGCUCUCAGCAGCAUCCUCAGUGGGAUUCUCAUCAUGUCUUUUCCUGCAACAUCAAUAUUCCACACUUUCUCCCAUUCCUACUCGGAGCUGAGAAAGGAACAUGAACGACUGCAGUCUCGGCUAAACAGAGGGAAAAACGGCAAUAACUCUGAUGAGAGCGACACCUUCAACGAGACAGACAGCUUGAUCCUGGAGGAUCAAGCAUCACCAAUCAAAUACAUUUACACAGGGAACUAAGCCGGGUUGUAAAGCAUUUCCAAGAACAGGAAUAGGAAUAUACACAUACGUACAUCAACAUAAUACACAAAACAAUGCAACAACAUAGGUUACGAUGCUAUUCUCCUCUGCCAGCACAGGUAUAAUAAGCAGCCAAGCCAACACAGCUAGCUCCAACACAUCAUUAUGGAGCUGGAGGUUUUGAGAAUGUCAAAAGUCAGAGUUUAUUCAAUAAUAAAUAUUCAUUCUUCUCUAUAACUAAUAAGAAUAAACUUUGUCUCUGCCAGUCAUGUAUCUUGCUGAAUGCCUAAUACUGAAAGAGUAACAAACAAAACAGCUUCUGCUGGCACAAAUACACUUGUUAUUUUACUUGCCUUUGAAUUUCUAAUAUUCUUGCAAUUAACAUCUUAAGCCAAGCAUUAGAAUGCAUUCUUUCAGGGCUAUGCACCAGUGUUGUUUAUACAAUGCUCAUCCACCAGGCAUAUAGAAGAAGCCUCAAUACAAAUGUGAAUUCUGCAUCUAAAGCCACUAAUAAGCUUAAAAUAAAAGCACUGUAUGUGAAAGCUUUCAAAGUUUGCCUGUGGCCAGAAGAUCAAUCUAUAAAUAACAAAUUGCACUGCUAUUGUAUAAAAUACAUAGUGCUUGCAAGAGAGUUUGCUUGAAAUGCAGCUGCAGUCUGCAAACUGUAAACAUUUCAUACUAGACAGCAAAAGUUUUCAAACUUCUUUUUCAUAUACUUAUUUAAAAUAAUAAUGAGGAAUAAAAAGCCCCAAGCUUAUUGACCAUAUUAAAAUGAGUUGGUGUUAUCUUUUUCACUGAAUGGUGAUGGCUUCUCUGGAAGAAACAUAAAAAAAAAAAAAUACAGUUAUUGAAAAUGAGAUGAUAGCUCAGAAGUAUCCAAAGGUAUAAAUACUAAAGAAUGAGGCAAAUGACUGCCAGAGAGGCAAUGGGGAAGAUGCCCUAAUGCAAAUGGAAGAUGUCCUUUUUGGAAUAUCCAAGCACAGCCAGCAGAAAGCGACAGGACCACCCAGAAGUGAGCAAUGCUACUUCAUGGGAUAGUCUAGAUGAUCUUCUACAAUUCCACCUUUUAGAUGCUGUGAAUGCAGUCAGUGAAAACUGAUACCAAGUCGGGAAGCUGGGUCUGUACAAACACCUGUGUGUCCAGGGCCUGCCUCGACUCACAGGACUCUGACAUGCUGAACGUUGGACACAUUUAAGUACUGAGAUGAAUCAAGGCCUGAAUUAUUUUUUUAAUCAGAUUUUCAGCAUUCAUUAUUCCGUUUCUUAAAUCUCACCAAGGUCCCUAUGACCUUGUGAUGGAGCAAAGCUCAGUGGAGUGACCAUUCAGUUCAGUUUUCAGCAGGCACCACUGCUGCACAGUACGGCGCAGUCUGGAGCCCAGGGUGACCCGUCUCCCACGUGGACAUGCAGACACAGUCCCUUGCAGUUAUGCAACUUUAUGCCGGCAUUUGGGAGUUUCGGUUUUUAGAUACUAUCCUCACUGCACAGCUUAAGUACAGAAAAGCACAGUUGCUGGCACAGUUUGGAUCACAUGACUCAAAUUAAUCUCUUAGAUUUAUCUUGCCACUGACCCUAUGAUGUAAACCAGCGAAACUGUAGCAGAUUAUAGAUGGGAUGUUCCAACACAACUGGAACAGGUCAACACUAGAUAACAAGCGCUUAUAUUUGCCACAUAAAGGAUAAGGCUGGAUUU